UACUCAGUAAAAGCGGCGGAAAUAUUGAGGUGUUAGCCUAUAUAUUGCUUUCGCACAAGUUUUAAUGAGAACAAAAGAAAAGGAUUUUUUUCUUUUUUAAGGAAAUUAUUUUUGUACGAAUAAUUGCGCUGCUCGAUUCAUGCAGUAUAGUGUGUGAAGUCGUUUUUAGGAGGUUUGAAGAAUGCUAUACGUAUUUGUGGCAUUCCGGCUGGUCAAAGUUAAAUUUUCUGGAAAUUUACGGCCUUUUUUUCUCUCCGAGAAUUACUUACGUACGUUCGUUUCAGCUAUGUAGGCUCUCAAUUUUACGAGAAUAUCAGGAUGAUGGAAAACCCAUCAAAAUCCCUUGAGGAUAUGUUUGUCCGAGGUAAAAAUUCCUGGUUGGGUCAUUUUCUUGCCUUUCAGAUUGAUUAUUCAGAAGAAUUAUUGCACAGGAGUUUCAAUUCAUUACAGUCGCUGCAAUUGAGAAGCUUUAUGCGUGUGAUGUGAAAAAGAAAUUUGAUUUUGAACCGGUGAGGUAUAGGACUCAAAGGCAAGCCUAUACUUCGUAAGACACCAGUACAGCUGUGGGAAAAUUCUCCAGUAUGGAAUACACACCAGUAAGAGGAAGUUGGGGAUUACACCUAAUUGCUGAGGGAAAUGCGUCAGCCCUGCAAACAGUAAAAUCCCAAUAGUUUCACCUCUGCAACCCUGCAGGAGGGUUUCUUAUACCUGGUUAGGAGUGGGCUCAAAGUCUACUGAAUGCUCAUUGGGUAUAAAAUAGAGAAGGAAGCUAUUUUUGUAUUCCAUGGAAGAGAGUGUCAUGGGUGAGGAAGAUGCAGCUGGGGAUGGUAACAUAGAUUGCCAAUAUCCAAAGAAAUUUUGGAGAUCUGCUUCGUGGUCCUCCUCUCGUUCUGCACGCCUAACACUAGAACCUGUAAAUUGUGGUAGUAUACAUUCAUCUGGGCAGGUUGCAGAAAGGACAUCGACCACAUUGCAAGGUCCCUGCAUUCCUCUCACCCCCCGGUCACAGCAGAGUAUCAAGGCCAGGUCGUGUCUACCACCUUUGCAGCCUCUUUCAAUCACAAGGAGGUGUUUGGAAGAAUGGCCUGAAGCAGGAUCUGAUGAUAUUGGAGAAUGGCCAUAUUGUACAACACCUAGGGGUAAAAGAGAUGCUGGGAAGCUACUAAAUGGUCCAGACAUCACGAUUGACUUGGGAUCAGUUCAAAGGAAUGUUGAGCCGACAGAGUUAAAGCUAAAAAGGGAUAAAAUUGCAUUCUUUGAUAAGGAAUGUUCAAGGGUUGCUGAGCAUGUCUAUCUGGGCAGUGAUGCAGUUGCCAAAAAUAGAGAGGUUCUCCGUCAGAAUGGUAUAACUCACGUGCUAAAUUGUGUGGGUUUUGUUUGUCCAGAGUAUUUCAAGCCAGAUUUAGUGUACAAGACACUGUGGUUGCAAGAUAGCCCCUGUGAAGAUAUCACAAGCAUACUGUAUGACGUAUUUGAUUAUUUUGAGGAAGUAAGAGAACAAGGAGGGAGAGUGUUUGUGCAUUGUUGCCAAGGAGUUUCUCGAUCAACCUCCCUGGUAAUUGCAUAUCUCAUGUGGAGAAAAGGUCAGAGCUUUGAAGAUGCAUUUCAGUAUGUUAAAGCAGCCCGAGGUAUCACAAAUCCUAACAUAGGCUUUGCUAGCCAGUUAUCACAGUGCCAGAAGAGAGUACAUGCUGCGCCAAUGAGUCCAAGCUCUUUGCUAAGGAUGUACAGAAUGGCCCCUCAUUCUUCAUAUGCACCCCUACAUUUGGUUCCAAAAUCAGUCAAUCCUCCUGGUUCAGAUGCAUUGGAUUCUAGAGGUGCUUUUAUUGUACAAAUACCUUCUGCAAUUUAUGUCUGGAUAGGAAACAGUUGCGAUCCUGUCAUGGAAAGGAUGGCUGAGGCUGCUGCUUUGCAAGUUGUAAAAUAUGAGAGAGCUCAGGGUGCAAUUGUUCUCAUAAAAGAAGGGCAUGAAAAUAGUGAGUUCUUAGAUGCUCUUUCAAAAGCCCCUCAUUUAGUGGAUGACCAUGACAAAUCAGAGAGUAACACAUCAGAAGAUAAUUUAGAAGGAUUUUGUUCUGGUAAAGAUCAGGUUGAUACAGUACACGGAGUUGGUGUUGGAGACAAAAGGGUAGAAUCAUAUAAUAUAGACUUUGAGCUUUUCGGAAGAGCAAUAGCAGGAGGUGUUGUGCCUCCAUUUUCAUUCUCAGGAACAGAAAUUGAAACGCAUCUGCCAGCAAGAGAAACUGGCUGGGGUAAAUUGCGACGCAAAUUUGUUUCUGGCAGUGUGAAGGAGCUUGUUACAGCGUCCAAAACAAUAGGUGAGACGUCUGCUCCAGAAUUGGAUGCACAAAAUGAUGACACAGCUUCUCAUGGGUACAGAGAACUUUUGUCCCCAGGUCCCAUAAAACCUUCAAUUUCUCCCUGUCUUUCUCCUAUGUCAAUAUUUUCAGUUUCUAGGAUUAAUUCAAAGUCUCCAUCACCUUCACCUUCACCUUUCCCUUCACCAUCCAGUCUUUCAUUUACUCUAUCACCCAGUUCUUCUGUUUGGUCCCCAUUUUCGUCAUCUCAGUCACCAUCUCCUGUCUCAAAUUUAUGGGAACCCUCUGUCAGAACCAUCACACCCUCUGAGAUUAUUGCAAAGCCAGUAUCAUUUCCAUCCAAGGGUCCUCAGUUCUCUUUAGCACAACGCAGAGGAAACAAUUCACCAUCUCUAGACAUACCGACAUUAAUCAAAGUUUCAAGUGGUAUACGAAUAGGACCUUGGAUUUGUUCUGAUACCCCUCAAGAAAAAGAUAACAAGGCAGUUGGUUCAGAUUUUCGAUUUAAAGUAUUUGAUGAAAUUUCUCAUGAUUUAAAUGAAGAAAAACAAGAGAAAAAUCUGGAAGACAACCACCCUACUCAAAACAAAGAUGUUUGGCAUGAUGAACAAUACAACGGGCAGAAAGAAUUUCAGAAUUCAACCAAACAAACUUCAUUACCUGAAAAAUAUUUCUGUGACGCUUCCUCAGAAUAUGGGUCAUCCUGUAUAACUAGAUGGGAGAAGGAGAAUGCCCAUAAGCGCACGAGUCCUGUAUUGUACAAGUUGCCCAAUAUGGAAAUGUUUAAUGUCUUUAAUGCAAAUGAUCUUGAUCAUAGAGCACGCUUCAUUUUACUGGCACCAAGAAAGGCAUGUGAUGAUUUGAAGUCUUCUACUGUACUCUAUCUGUGGGUUGGUUCUGAUCUGGUUCUGGACAGCAGCUUAGGCAGAACUCUGACAAUAGAGAGAGACUGGGAAAGAGUUGGUCAUGACUUCCUCAAGCAAAUGGGUCUCCCACUGGAUAUUCCUAUCAGGAUAGUUAGAGACGGGGAAGAGCCAGAAGAAUUUUGGGGGCACUUCAGUAAUUGUUGAGGUUGGUUAUGUGUAUUGAAAGUUUAUAAGGAAGCUGGAUAAUUCAGAGAAAUUAGGAUCUUGUACAACUAAAUGUUUUAUUUAGUUGGUCUGGAUGUUGCCUACAGCCAUCCUUCUCAUAAGUAACUCAUUCAUCAGGAGUUAAUAAGUAUCCAUAAGAUGCAGUCUACCACAACUGCUUGUCUAAAGGAGUGGUCAUCAAUGUGGUCUUACCAGAAGGAUUUGUAUUUUUGGUGAGUUGUUUUACUGUGUAAGAGCAUAAUUGAUCACCCACCCAUUACACUUUACAAUCUUUGUCAUGGUACAUUAUAUCUAGCUGAGAACUUGGGUGAUCAUUGUAAUCAAUGUCUCAUCUUAAGCUAGAUUACAACCAAAUGGACUACAGUUUCUCGUUGUUUUUUCCACUUCAGUCAAGACAUUUGUUCAGAGCUUCAUGGUUUGCCUAAGGCAAUUGAAACAAGAGAGGUUUUGAUAAGAGCUUCCUUUGUUUCUUCUGCCUUAUUUUGUCAUCAGUCAAACUUAAUACCAAAGAAGGAAAUUUUGGUUGAUAACAAGAGGCACCUUAUAUUUUUCUUCAAAUAGUUUUGCUCUUGAUAUUCAAGAGUACAGGAAGCAAGUGACUUCAAAACAAUUGAAACUAAAAUUUGAAUUGUGUCUUCUGUUUCAUUUAGCUUCAUUAGCUUCUUGUUUGAAACAAACCAAAUUUAGUAUCCUAUGUUAUUUCAGCUGCUCAGAUGUACAGCCACCUUUGACUGCUGAAGAGUAUUUUUGCAGAAAACAUUGUCAAAAUCUGUAUGAAUCAAACAACAGGUUUAUUAAAUGUAAAUAUUUGAAACUUUGCUGCA